CGAAGAACCUGCAGCUGAACCAGCUAAAGAAACGCUGGAAAACAAUACGAAAACGGUUGCAAACGAACAAACUGAGCCACAGCAGGCAGUUGCAAUUAUCAGCGAAUCUGUUGAACCAGCUGCAAAUGGAGCAAAAAUCGUUGAAGCCGACGUAACCGCUGCUGCUGCGGCUGUUGCUGAAAUAUCAAUACCUGCUAGUGAGCCGGUUGCUGAGAGUGGCAACGACAAAAAGUUAACGCAGACAGUACAAAGUGAAUUGCCUAGCACCUCGAGGGUCGUAAACCCAACAGAUAAUCAAAACGUCAAGCCUGAAAAGCCUGUAGAAAACAAAUCCCUAGAGCCGAGCUGUGAAGCAAAGGCAACCAAGGACAGCAAGCCAGAUAUUGUAGGAUCAAGUGUUGCGCCCGCGAGCCAGGACAGAAAACUAAUGCUGCUGCCCAACCGCAAGCGUCGUCUGGCCGAGUUUGCAGCGCCUGCAGCGCGUCAGUCCACUUCCGAAAGCGAACUGGACGUACAUGGCGAGCUUCAGCUGGAGGAUGAGCAACAACAGCACUUGGAUACCUUGGACAACGAUGACGAUUUGGAUAUUGGCGGAAAGCGAAUCAAGAUGCGCCCAAAGAUCACCAACGUUGAGGUGCGUCGCAAGGUGGAGGCGCAGAAAACACAAAUCGAGGAGACCACCUCCUCGAGCGGCGAGGAAGAUGCGCGCAGUCGCCGCAAGAUCAUUGCGCCCAAACGUCACCUGGAGAAGCCCAAUCCGGUUAAGCAAAAGCCCACGCUGGCCGAAAUCAUCGAGAAGAAAUUGAAAAAGACGCCAGAAAAGCCAAAAGAAGAACUGCCCGAGCAGCAGGCGCCGCCACCGCCACCGCCGCAUCCGGCGACGACGUCAACGACGACGACGCAGCCAGUCAACGAGAUCACGCCGCCCGCAGCAGCAAAAGUCGAGCCAGUGCCCUUUACACCGCCCAAAAAGUCGCCCAUUACGAAGCCACUGAAAAAGAAUUUGCUUACCCAAAUGCGUCAGGAGGAGAGCGACGAGGAGGCCAUACCCAGAAAGCGCACCAACAGCGAAACAGUUGUCGCUCCGGUGACAGCUAACCCAGGCUUAGAGUCCACACUGCAACGCAAACGGCGCAGCAGCGAGGAAGCCAAGGAGUCCAAGGAGGCCAGUGCUGGCGAAGAGUUGCCCGCAAUUAGCGAGAAACUCAAGCGCAACAAUGAUCAGCAAUUUCUCGAUGAGGAACCGCCCACAUCAGCACCUCAGGAGUCACAACCAGUGAAGCAGACAACAUCACAGCCGCCGGUUAAGCAAGCAACACCUCCACCCGUCAAGCAGGCAACACCUCCACCCGCCAAGCAGGCAACACCUCCACCAGUCAAGCAGGCAACACCGCCUCCCGUGAAGCAAGCAACACCUCCACCCGUGAAGCAAGCAACACCUCCUCCCGUGAAGCAAGCAACACCUCCUCCCGUAAAGCAAGCAACACCUCCACCCGUCAAGCAGGCAACACCUCCACCUAUCAAGCAAGCAACACCUCCACCCGUCAAGGAAGUUGCAUCUGUUCCCGUGAAGCCAGCAGCAGCUGCUUCUGUCAAGCAGGAAACGCUACCAGUCAAAAAAGCAACAACCCCUCCCGGUAAGCAAGCGACGCCACCAUCGGUUAAAAAGGAGGCGCAGCUGGUCAAGCAGGCAACACCACCAGCUGCUAAGGAGGAUACGCCACCACCAGCCGAAGCCUUGGGACGGCGCUCUGGACGUCGCGGUGGCGCCGCAGUAGUCUAUUCGGAGCUGCCGCAGCCCAAGCGAACCAGGGGUGGCCCCAAAGAAAAGCCCGUCGUUGAAAACAAGCAGCAUAUCAAAGAAGAUCCACUCAAAACUGAAAAGGAGCCCCAGGAGGAGGUAAAGGACGAGGCGGAGGAGCAACCACAAACAGUUAAAGCAGUCAAAUCGGCAGCUAAAACAAAGGAGGAACCCAAGGAGGAAUCCAAAAGUGAUCCACUCGCUGAGGAGGAGCUAACGAUCAAGGAAGAGAGUAAAACCAAGGCAGAAUCUGAAGAGCCAGCGGAAAAACCAAAGAGUUUAGAGCCCAAGGAGGAGAUUGCAAAACCAGCUGGCGUGGGGCGUGGCCGUGGUCCGCGCAAAAAGCGUGAGGUGGACACCACGAACAUAAUUGACACCAACGAUUCGGAGACGCCGGUGCGUCAAUCGCGUCGCAUAGCGCAACAGAAGAUCAAGGAAGAGGCAGAGCGACGCAAAUUGGAAGAAGUAGCGUUGCGCACCAUGAAACAGCAGCUGAAGAACAAGAAGAAGGCCGAGAAGGAAGCGGAUCCCACAGUGCUAGAGCCCUCGGCAGAGUCUGAGUCCUUCGAGUCGGCCAGCGAGGCCGAAGAGACCAAAAAGAAGAUCAAGAAAAAAUGCCCCGGCAAGGAUGGCUGGUCCUCGGACUCCGAAGAGCAGGCUGAAACCGAGGAGGAGGAGGAAGAGCCACCACACUAUGAGACAGAUCCCGGCUCGCCGCUCUUUAAAUCCGAUCAUGAAUUCUCACCCGAAUCGGAACUGGAGGACGACAGCCAAGUGGUGCCCAUGAAACGGGCUCGCACAUUGCGCAAAGAGAACGCCGACGAUAAUGAGGAUUACGCAGCCGCCGCAGAUGCGGACGAAGCGUGCCAGAAGUGCGGCAAAUCGGAUCAUCCCGAAUGGAUUCUCUUGUGCGAUACGCCCGGCUGCAACAAAGGCUAUCACUGCUCCUGUCUCAGUCCCGUGCUCUUCUACAUACCCGAGGGCGAUUGGCAUUGUCCGCCCUGCCAGCAGGAGCAGCUCAUCGUUGCUCUCGAGCAGAAGCUGCAGCAGUUCGAUGAUCUGGUUGCUCGCAAGCACCAGGAGAAACUUUUGGCAGAGGAGGCGGUGCGCCAAGCGGAAGCCGCAGCAGCUGCGCGUACCGCCAGCGAGCUGGAGGAGCGAUCCAAUGCGAAGAAGAAGGAUGACAAAGAUGAUGACGAGGACGAUGAGGAUGACGAUGACGAUGAUGAUGACGACGAUGACGAUGGCGAUGGUUCCAGCAAGGCCAACAAGCGAUCCAAGCCGGAAAAGACGAAGAGACGACGCGGAGACGGACGCAGCAAUCGGCGAGCAGCUAAACGCGGCACGCGGCGCCGUCGCGGUGGCAAGGACGACGCAUCGGACAGCGGCAGCAGCGCCACAAAGAGCGGCAAACAACAGUCGGGCGGCGCGGGAGGCGCACGCUCGGGGGGCAGCUCCAGCAGCAGUUCCAGCAGCAGCAGCAACAGCAGCAGCUACUCGGACUCGGACGAUGAGCCCAUCUACAAGCUGCGCAAGCGUCGGCAGAUCAAUGUCAGCUAUCGGCUCAAUGAGUACGAUGAUCUGAUCAAUUCGGCGCUAAAGAAAGAGAUGGACGAGGUGGCGGGGGCUGGGAAUCUGGGCAGGGGCAAGGACAUCAGCACCAUCAUCGAGGCGGACAAAGAGAAGACGCGACGCAAAGAGGAGGGCGACGAUCAGUCCGAGGAGGGCGUUCAGGCGCAGGUCAAGGCAGCAAAAACCACGUCCGACACGCAGCACAAAUCCAGCAACGAGGAUGACAGCAACGACGACAACGAGGAUGAGCAGCCACUGAAAACGGUUGGCAAGUCCAAGAGCAAGGCGGCUCAGCCGGUCAAAAAGAAGGCACGUAAGCUGACCACACUGGAUGUUAGCUCCGAGGAGGAUCAUGGCAGCGAUGAGGACUUUAAGACUUCGAGUUUCUCUGACGAGGAUAGCUCGCAAUCUGCCUCAGAUGAUUCCGAUUCCAGUCUGGAGGUUUAUCGCCGGCCCGGGCGUGGCAAAAAGCAGCGCAAGGCAGCCCGACGUGCGGCACGUGAGCGCCGCAAGGAUCGCAAAUUUGUGGUGGAGGAGAGCGACGAAAGCGACGAGGAGGAGCAACGACAGCAACGCUCCAAGUCCAGCAAAUCACAAAAGAAGAAAAAGAAAGAGGAUUCCGACUACACGGAAACGGAAACCGACGACGAUGAUGACAACGGUUCCGAGUUGUCGGAGAACAUGGACAGCGCUGAUCUGUGCGAUGACACGACCAGCGAAAGCGAGGACGGCGCCUGGCAUCCAUCGAAGCGCAAGAAGGCAGCCGCCGCCAAGAAAUCCUCCAUGGCCAUUGCACGCAAGUCGCCCAAAUUGAAGAAGCCCGCCAACAAGAAGACCAAACAGCUCGAGUAUUCGGACGAUGACAUCAGCGAGAGCGAGGAGGAGGACGAAGAGGAUGAUGACGAUGAAGUCCAGAUGGGUGCCAAUGGUGCGCCCAUGUCGGGCAAAGGUUCCGGCAAACAGCCGCGUUCGCAGCCCUUAAAAAAGACGACAACAACGACAGCAACGUCGGCGCAGGCGCAGUCGUCCGGCAAGGGCAAGGGCAAAGGCAAGGGCACUAAGAAGAAGAAGAAGGCGGCUUCCUCGGACGAUGGCGGCGGCGGCGGCGGCUCCGAUGAGCGUACGCGUACACGAGGCCGUCGCUAUGCCUACAUUGAGGACUUUGAUGACGACAGCUCCGAUGGCGGCAUCAAGCCGGGUGUACAGCGACCGGAUACACCGCCCGAGGAGCGUCAGAAGUUCAUAGAAAAGCAGGAGGAGAUCAAGCGCAUGCUUGCCGAAAAGAAUGCCGAGGGCGCCAAGCUAGCGGCAACGCCACGCCUAACCCCCAUCAAGGGCUCAACAGCAGCAGCAGGCGCAGCAGCAGCAGCCGCUUCCCAGCAGCUGAAGCAGCGCACGCCCAGCAAAGCAGGCGCUACUCCUGGUGCAGGUGAUUCGCUGUCUACGGUGCCGUUGUCUGUGAUACGUCAGGCCAAGGUGCUGGACAUUGAUUAUCUGCAUCGCAAGGGCGAGGCCAUUGAUGAUCUAGACGAUGUGGACUCGGAGCUGGAUGAUGCCGAGCUGCCCGACUUGCCCGAGGAUAUGGAGGAUGCCAUUGCGCGUAUGGUGGUCGAGCAGUUAAGUUCGGAGUCAUCUGUGCGUGACCUGCCGCCACCGGACGAGGUGUUGCGCCAUGCCACGCCAGCCAAAGCGAAGGUGACCAAACAGAUGCCAACAACGCCGCCGGAGACUUUGCCCAGCGCCUCGGGACUUCAGGAGCCGAUGCGCAAACGCUUGCCCAUGCCCACAAUGCAUCCGCCGCUUCUGCGUCAUCAGUUCUCGCCGCAUGGUCCACCAGGUGGGCUGCCCGCCUCGCUGCUGCCGCCGCCGCCGCCAGGCCAACAACAACAACAGCAGCAGCCGCCACCAGGCAUGCAUCCAAUGCUGCAGCGGCACUUGGCACCGCCGCCGCAGGCCAUGCAGCUGCUGCAGAAUGCUCUCUCAGCGCCGCUGGGCCAGCCGUUGAGUCGCGCGAACUAUGCGCCGGCACAGCAACAGCAACCGCUGUCGGCCAUGCAGCGUCUGCCCUUGGGCAUGUCCAUGCCGGCUGCUGCAGCAGCGCAUCUGAUGCAGGCCGCCGCUGCAGCUGCCAAUGUGCGUCCGCCGGCGCCGGCGCCCGAUUCCAAGCCGCGUGGUCGUCGAAAAAAGGUCACGCCACUGCGGGAUCAACUGCAGAAGCAGCAAACCGCUGCCGCUGUCACCGCCGCCACAUCCUCAGUGGGCAACGAAAAGCCAGCAGCUUCGGGUAAGGCGCCCCCGCCGCCGUCGUCGCUGCCAGCGCCGCCACAGCUCUUCAAGCCACACGAGGAUGCGCCGCCGUCGGUCAACGUCUCGCAGGCUUCUGUCAUAACGCGCAUGCCCAUGGCCUCGCUGCUGCCGCCGGCGCACGCACGCGGACCACCACAACCGCCGCCCGGCGCUGGCAUGUAUCCGAGCAGCGCGGAACUGGCACGUUUCUAUGGCCAGCCGCUGCCGCCGAGCUCCGCAUUGCGGCCCACCUAUGGCGCUCCGCCGCCAUUGCGUGGUGCUCCGCCGCCCACGUCGACUGCGGCGGCACCGCCUGGCAGUGGGCCCAAUGCACGUCCGCCGCCCUAUCUGCACGGCCCGGAGCAUCAUGGCGGUCCACCGCCGCCUGGCUCCCUGGCCAGCGUCUAUGGCGCCGGUCCGCCACCGGCGCGGCAUGCUUCACCGCAUCUAAAUCCCUACAGAGCACCGCCUAUUUAUGGGAAUCCCAACUAUCCGCCGCGCGUGGCACCGCCCGGCAGCGCCAAUAUGCGACCUGGCCCUGUCGACUAUGCAGCCGGUGCGCGCGGCUAUCCACCCUAUGGCUACUAUCCACCACCAUUGAGCACACCGCCGGCGCAUGCUGCUGCGCCCAGUUCAGUGAUUGUCAGUGCGCCGCCGCCUCCGCCGCCUGCCACGCCCACAAAUCAUUCAGUAUCCGCACUGACGCGCGGCAAAUCGCCAGCACCAACAGCAGCGCCAGUUGUUGCGCCUCCUCCUGCCGCAACAGCACCACCGCCCACACCGCCAGCCGCCGUCACGCCACCGUCGGUGAUAACCAGCAAGAAACUGAUCACACUGGAGGCCUACUCCAAUACCAAAUCGCCGCUAGCUGAAACAACAACAACAACAGCGGAUUCGCCAGCAGCCGUGGCCGAGGAGGACUCCAGCUCGGCGCACGGCAGCAGCAGCACCGCCGCCGCAGCGAACAGCGUGGGCGGUGGUGUCGGCGAGUUUAGCGGCCUGGUGAGCUACUUUAGCUCCCAGCAGGAUGAUUAUGAUACAUAACAAACGCCGGCAACCGCCCAAGCUUGUAUAUAAUGUAGUUGAUCUAUAUAGAAAUGUAUAAUGUGUAGAGUAUGCGAAUGUCCUAUGCUAAAGGGGGGCAUGUGGCUAGCCCCCGUUUAAGGCGACUUAUUGAAAAUUUCAAUCCUCACACACAAGCACACACACACAAAUACACACCUACACACA